AUGUACAAGGAGACAGCUGUCACAAUCCUAGACGGCAUGGAGAAUGUCUCCACCUUCGCUGCCACCAUAAACCCACUCUUCAACAUAGUCACCGCAGUGGUGAAGGUGACAAAGGGCCUGGUCGCCAAAGACCUCACUCAAGACAAGGACGUCAAAACAUUCGGCCACAUCCAGGCCAAGCUGGAAAGCAUCUCCAAGACAAACCAGCAGAUUCUGAAGCAGAUUCACCUGGACGAGGUCAUUGAGAAGUACAGCAAAUAUGAAGAGUAUAUCAAGCACCAGUACACUGCCCUCAACACCAUGGUGGAGCAGAUUGAAAAAGACCCUGAAGGAAGAGAGGGCUACAUGGCAGAGUUCCAGAGGGUCUAUGAGAGAGACAAGAGUACCCUUGCUCUGAACACGUACUACAGCGGGGUCAUAGAAGAGGAGAAAACUUUUGAACAAAGGGGUUUGCUGGAGGUGUACCUAGAGCACUACAAGCAAAACCGAGACGUUAUGGAGAAAAAGUGCUCCCAACUGGCUAAUGUCUUUCGCAUGGGCCUGAUGACACUAAUGGCAUAUACGGUGGUCACAGAGGAUGAUGAGGAUGAAGUCAGGAUGAAAUGGGCCCCCAAGGUGGAGAAGAUUCAGGCCAAGAUGAAUGAGGCGCUGGCCCAGUGUGAAGGGAACUGA